AUGGCUGAGCAAAGGAAGGUGAGAGUAAGGAGUUCAGAGAAUCAAGUGGUUGAAGUUGAGAAGGCUGUGGCUUUUCAGUCGGGCAUUAUAAAAGAUGUUGUAGAUUUCGCAGGCAUUGAGGCCAUCAUACCUUUGGAUGGAGUUGAGGGUUCAAUUCUUGCCGAGGCUGCCAAUUACCUGGGCAUAAAGAAUCUUGUGGAGUUAACAUGCUGUGAAGGUAUUGGAGGUUGGAUGAUAGGAAAAAGUGUUGAGGAGAUUCUCGAGGCAUUUCAUAUCGUAAAUGAUUAUAGCCCUGAGGAGGAGGAAGCACUGGGGAGUGAAGCUUCAUGGGCAUUUGAUUGA